AUUAAAAUUUGACAGCUCGACGUCGUCCCGCGAAAGGUUGACAAAAUGCAAUGGGAAAUGUUACUGUCACGGUCAGAAAUAAACUACAUCAUCUAGCCAACGUCUUUAGAGCCUGGGGCGACUCUUUAUCGGACUGUCGAGGAAUGCUAAACCGAGGAAAAGGCUCUUUUGGUUAGUUUAUCUAGUAGCUGCAGCGGCUCUUCUCCGGCUAGCUGGUUAGCUUCCCCGGCUAACGAAAGUUACUCCAUGGUGAUCUAUGGGUUGAACAUGACCAUAUAUAGACCGGCCACAGAGCUCCCUCGCCGGUGAAAUGUAAACUGUGACUCGCUCAGGAGGCCGACAAAGGGCAAGCAAAAACAAACCUCAGCCCGAAGGAAAAUAAAAGACACCCAGCGUGCUAGCUUCACCAUGUCAUCUGACCAGAUUAUUGCCAUCGUCAUGGAUGACAAAAUCUACGAGGUGAAUAAAAAGAAGCUAAUAGAGAAGAGCGACUAUUUCCGCGCACUGUACAGCUCUGGCAUGAGGGAGUCCACGGAGGACUCGGUGCAGCUACAAGGGCUCAGCGUCCCCGGCCUGGAGCUGGUCCUGGAGUUCAUCAACACCUCCAAAGUCCAGGUUGUCAACGAGACUCUGGAGGACCUGAUUGAGACCGCCUCCUUCUUACAGGUCACCUCCAUCCUCAAGCUCCUGACCUCGGAGAUCCGGCUGGACAACUGCGUGGAGCUGUACAGCCUCUCUGAGGUUUAUGGGACUCAUGAUCUGCGUAAUGCUUGCCUCAAAUACAUGAGCUGCUACUAUCAUCCCAUGCUGAAGCGGCCUGAGUUCAGUGGCCUCCCCUCUGCUGUUAGAGACCAGGUCAGAGAGAUGCGCAUGAAAGGCACCGCCACCCUGAUAGCCAUCGGAGACUUCACCUGUCUGUCCUUGGACGUGCCUGAUCAGGAUGAACCCUGGUCCAUGUUGAGGUACGGAGAGGUGGAGCAGCGCUGGAAACCGCUGGCAAACAACCUGCCUACAGACAUGAUCAACGUCAGGGGAUACGGCUCAGCUGUCCUCGAUAACUACCUGUUCAUAGUCGGUGGUUACAGGAUGACGAGUCAGGAGAUCUCCGCUGUGCACUGUUACAACCCCAGCAGGAACGAGUGGAACCAGGUUGCUCCGCUCAACCAGAAAAGGUCCAACUUCAAGCUGCUGGCGGUACAAGGGAAGCUGUACGCUGUAGGAGGCCAGUGUCUGGGCACCGUGGAGUGUUACAGCCCGGAGCAGGACUGGUGGACCUGUGUGUCCUCGAUGCCCGACCCGCUGGCUGAGUUUUCCGCCUGUGAAUGCCAGGGUAUGAUCUACGUCAUGGGUGGAUACACUGCAAGAGAUAGGAACACAAAUGUCCUCCGUUACUGCCCCACCUCUGACACCUGGACGGUGUUUCGGUCCUGCUCGGCACACAUCCGCAAGCAGCAGAUGCUCUCAGUGGAGGACACCAUCUACCUGGUGGGCGGCUACACCCACGAGCUGGAGGCGGGCCGGAGGCAGCGACGUCCCAGCCAGACGGAGGACGUACUGACGGUGCAGUCCUACAACGUCACCACAGGGGAGUGGAUCCAGCUGAAGGAGAACACGUCCAAGUCGGGCCUGAACCUGACGUGCACGCUGCACAACGACGGCAUCUACAUCAUGAGCCGGGACGUCAGCCUGCCCACUAGCCUGGAGCACCGCGUCUUUCUUAAAUACAACAUCUUCUCCGACGCUUGGGAGGCCUUCAGACGCUUCCCGGCUCUGGGACAGAACAUGCUGCUGUGUUCGCUUUACCUCCCCAACAUGCUAUGAUUGACAGGGCUGAUGGGAAAGACUUCAGUGGACACUAACAGAUAGUGGAGCCUGUGCAGCAUUAAUACAGGCCAGUGUGUGUGGCUUGCUUGUUCUUGCACAGAAUGGGGCUCAAUGGCAUUAGUGGGAACAGUGUCUGGUUGCCAGGUUGAACACCUCGUGACCUCUGUGCCUCCAAAAAAAAAAAAAAAUAAAAAAGCACUACAUUGUACAUACUGAUACUGCUGUGGAUGCAAAUACAAAAGCUACAAUGACAGGUAUGAAAGCGAUGAAGCGCCAUGGCCCGUAGGUCAACAGCAUCAUAACAGCUAGCCCCACUUUGUGCCUCUCAUGCAUUAGUAUGAAAGUUACAGUCAAAUCACAGUGGUGAUCAUCCAUUUCUCUGAAAAUAAUUACCCAGCAGAGUUUGAAAAACCCACUUACGGCUCUUCUGAAGGUUUUUCCUGAAUCCUCAAAGACUCUCUUAGCUACCUGGAUGAAAAAUAUUCUGCAUACAGGACGAUGAAAAAUUUUUUUUUUUUUAACCAGUUUCCCAAUUUAAGACUCUUGUUUCAUAUCCAGAUGCCAUACUAAUACAUGAGAGGGCACAAACUGGGGCUACAUAACAGCAUGCUUUUAAAUCUAUGGGCCACAAUAUUCCUGAUGUUUACACUCCAAAUAUGGCAUUUAUGUACAUGCUCAUCCAUAAAUCACUAUGAACCUUACAAUAUCUCAGAAACAAAACAAACUUCUCGUCUUUAUGUAAUGUACAUAGCAGAUAAUCAUGAAAAAUGGCUUUGGUUUUACACUGCCAGUUUUUAGAAGUUCCAUGAAAGUUAUUGCGUGGGAUGUAAAGUGGAUCAGAGGGAGCUUUAUGUGUUGUAUGUACACUUGCACACUUGUCUUAUUUUCCAGAGAUACACUAAGCAAAGCUUAAAGCGCAAUUCCAUGAAAUGAACGAUGCACAUGUGCCUUCUGCAACCUCAGUUAAUAAAAACUUGACAAAAAAAAAAAAAA